GAAAAAGUUGGCUCGCGAAAAAUGGCUGACCAAAGAGCUUCGAGGAAAAAAGCUUUCUAGCGCUCUUUUUUAGUGAUACGAAAAGCCAUUUUCAACCUGUAACAUGUCUUUGGUUCCAGCAUUAGAGGAAAGUGAGAAGUCAGCAGGCCAUGGCUGGAGUAACACAAGCCAGUUUAACCUUGAAGGGCAGAACAAUAGCAAUAUCUAUCAGCAUCUCAUAAGCCAAAACAAUACUGGAAACGUGCCAGAAGCCCUGGUUGAAGAGGAAAUCGUAAAUGAGCUAGGGCAGGAGUCUGCUGGAGGUGUCAGCCAGGGUCAAGUGCACUCACCCCAGCAGCAGCAACAACAACAGCACCAACAGCAGCAGCAGGUAUACAAUCAUCAACAACCGAAACCCAACAUGUACCACCACAUUCAGCAACAAAAACAACACAGCUUUCAGCAACAACAGCAGCAGCAGCAUUUUCUCCCUCAGCAACAACAACAUAUACGUCAACAACAGCAGCAGCAGCACAACCACCACCAGAAGCAAAUACAUCAAGAGCAGCUGCGAAGUCUUCUUCUACAGCACACACAGACCCAGAAAAUGUCUGUACAGUCUCAGCAGCAGCAACAACAGCAGAGUCUUGUUAGUGUUGCAGUUGCGAGCCAACAGAAAAAUGCCCUGCCACAACAAGCCAACAGCCAGCAAAGUGUUCAUGGCCAGCAAUUAAUGAUACAGAAUCGCCUCCAGUAUGUGAAUAACAGUAAGAUAAACCAGGAGGACGAAAUGGACCGCCAGUUCAUAGAAAACCAGAGAAAAAUUGAUGAAAAUAACAAAAAGAUUCAGCAGCUAGGUUUGCAAACUGUUCAAAACACCCAGAAAGUAAAUCCUCAGCCUCCUGUGCUAAAAGUGAAUGACUUUGGAGGUAAUGGUCAAAAACACCAACAGGUGUCAAAUGCUCUCCAGAAUUACCAAAAUAACCACCCAGGUAAUGUGAAUAUCUCUAUUCAGGAACCUAUUGACAGUUUACAUCAAAACAGUCAAACACCACAACAGCAGUAUCAGAACAGAACUGUGAUAAUGCAAGGACCCAGACAAAACACUUUACAAAAUAACACUACUAGCUCAAAAAUGCUGUAUAGAAGCCCCAGUCUACAGCCGAUGGGCAUGAAUCAGCAAGUGCAUCAUCCUACCUCAAACAUUAAGCAAAGCCCAGUUCAGGUGUCUUCAAUAUCGACCAAUCAGAAUCAGACAUUGACCAGUCCCCUCUCUUCCAAGAUAGACAAGAAUAAUGUAGUGUUGGAGGGCGGUGGGCAGUUUGAGGAAGGGCAGGCAUAUAUGAUUCGUGAUCGGCAGGGUAACGCCAGGAAAAUGAUCUGGACCAAAGGAGAAUUCAUGCCAAUGCAAGAACCAGAUAAAUCGAUCCAGCAUCCAAACAUAGAUUCUAGUCAACAGAAGCGAGGGGGCAAGACAGGGCGUGGUUGUAACCGAGGUGCUGCACGAGGGCGUGGCCAGGGACCCGGGGGAAGGGGGCAGCAGUUUGGAGGGCAGCCGACUCAAUUGGUCAGCAUACCUGGCCAGCGUCCUCUACAGGGCAAUGCCACUGGCAUGAAUAUGGCUCCUGUACAAAGAAUGAUCAUUCGAGACCAGAACAUGGCAGAUGUUAGACAACAGAUGCAGCAAGCAUUCCCGGCAAUACAGACUCAGCCAGUUGUGCAGGCAAUGGUCCAGUUCCAGCAGCCUCGGGCUCCUGUGUUGAACAAGACUUCCCUUCUCAAUCUGAUGCCCGCCCAAGUCACACCUGGCAAACCCACAUCCACAUCGGAACCAGAUAACCCACCCGUGACCCCAAGUGUUGACAAUGAACCAGAAAACAAAACUGAAGCAGUAUCUGAAAACAAGGAGUUGGCCCCAGUCGAUCCUCCUAAUGUCCCUGAUGAUCCGACGGCUAUGGCGAUAUGCCAGUGGUGUGGAACAAAGAGCCAGGACCAGCACAAGUGUGAGAGCUGCAAGAGAAGAUUCACUAGUGCUACAAAAUAUGUUCUCCUCAAAAAGACAUCUAACAAUGGGACUCAAGAGUCGGACGCAAAGCGUCGAAAAAUUGAUAAAGUGAUUGUUUGUGAACAAGGAGGGUUUGACAAGAAGAAUUUUUAUAGAACAAAGAUACGAGAGCAGAAUGCAGUGUAUGUGCAAGUGUUAAAUGUAAAUACUGUACGAGGUGGACGUGGCAUGCGGUUGGGGCGUGGGGUUGGGAAAGGCCCAAGGGGUAGGGGCAGAGGCCGGGGACUGCAGGGACCUCCUGAGACUGUGACAAUCUCAUCAGAUGAGGAGGAGAUGGGUGGUAGUGAGAGUCCGGGCACACCUCUGCAGCAGCGGUCAGCUCCGGCCACCCCUGUUUUCAACCCUGCACGAUCACCCAGUCACGCUGACCAGCAGGACAGUCCAGAUACACCUCUCAUACCUAACAUACCUAUAUCCACAAGGCCAGACUUGCUAAAGGGAAGAGUCGGAAAGAUGGAAACUAUGGAUGGAUGUUCGCGGCCGGUCCGUGAGAAGUCUCCUUCGCCCACAGAGCUCAUGUUGCAAGCCCGCACAGUAAGGGCUGGGUCCCUGAAGGGCUCCCCUGUGGAACCCAUCCUCAUCUCCAAGAAUGGCCUCAACUUCUUCAUUGAGAGUGUGAAGGGUUCCCAUCGGUUUACCAUUCACCCUAUGGAGAUCCAGCAGUGUCUGGCCAGGUUUGCAGAAAAAACGAGUCUGAUCUUCCUCCUCACCACUGCGGCCUGUGGUGCUCGCACUCGUAGAGACCUCGGUAUUCCUGACUGGACAAACCCUAACCAGAAUCCGCCUGAACCCUACUUUGAGCCAACUAGUAAAAACAUGUUCCAUCAGAUGGUGACCAUCUUCCUGGACAAGAUUGAUGUGGACACACAGGUAGAGUUUCAGCGCUAUAUGGAGCUGUUCAAGUCCCACGGCAAACAGGGUGACGAGGGCUUCUUUAUGGAGCUGUCUGAGGAGGAGGCCGAGGAUGUGUUCAAACAGACCCUCCAGAAUGCAGCAACUGUACCUCAGGGUCAGAUGCGAGUGAUUGGUAUGGCACAGGUUACAGAUCAUGGUUACAGUCAACCUGAUGAAGAGAAUAGUCGAUCACCAUCCCCACCCAAGAUUGGAUUUGUGGGCCCUGUAGUAAGGUUGCUGACGUACCCUCCACCCCCUGAGAAGGGCGGUAUCUCAAUCACAAACGAAGACUUAUACUGCCUACACGAAGGGGAGUUCCUUAACGAUGUCAUCAUUGACUUCUAUCUUAAGUACUUGUUACUCGAGAGAUUAUCCCCAGAGGACAGAGCUCGAACUCACAUCUUCAGCUCCUUCUUUUAUAAGCGUUUGACCCAGAGGAUCAGGGGAGCAGCAAUAGACGAUGAUCCAAAUCUCUCACUUCAAGUGAAGCGUCACGCCCGUGUGAAAACCUGGACAAGACAUGUGGACCUGUUUAAGAAAGAUUUUAUAGUCAUUCCCAUAAAUGAACAUGCCCACUGGUUCCUGGCGAUCAUCUGUUUCCCAGGUCUGGAGGGUCCAGUGGAGAACCGAUAUGUGCCGAGUGCUGUAGGUUCGCCACCUCUUGACUUGCCCAAUGUGCCCACCCCACCUCAACCCACAGACGAAAACUUGGAGGACAUGGAGGAAGAAAAUGAGGAUGGUGGUCAGCCUGCGCCAGACACAACACAGGCCAUGGAGGGAGACAACACUGUGUCCUCAUCUGACACAGUCACUCCAGACUCAGCCUCUAGUCAGGAUGGCCAGCCGGACCCCACCCCCACACAGUCAAGCACAGAUUCAGACAGGCAGGAGGAAGACCAAUCCCAAGGAAAUGAAGAAGAGAAGCCAGAAGGGGAGAAGACUGUGAGUGGAGAGGAGGAGGAGGAGGAGGGAGAGGCUGAAACAACCGCCCCCGCCAGCCAGCCAGACAAGACCGACAAGACCGACAAGCCACCCAAACUAACACUCAGACCUGUCAAGAACAUUCGUGGUAAGCCAUACGUGGAAGGUGAUGGAACUGAGGAGGUUUUCACAGGAAUCAAACAACCGUGUGUGUUAAUAUUUGACUCACUGGCUGGGCCAUCGCGUUCCCGUAUUGUCCAGACACUCAAGGAUUAUCUUAUGGUGGAACACCAGGUCAAGAAGGAAAAAGAACUCAACAGACAGGCAUUCAAAGGAUGUGUCCCGAAGGUCCCCCAGCAAAACAACUUCAGCGAUUGCGGAGUCUACAUGCUGCAGUAUGUCGAGAGCUUCUUUGAGGACCCAGUGCAGGAUUACAACACGCCCCUAAAGGGUCUUCAUGACUGGUUUAGAGGCCCCAAAAUAGACAACAAACGGGUGGAGUUACAAGAUCUUGUCAUAGCUUUGAAGACGAAAUAUGAGACAAAAGCUGAAGGUGACAAGUCCUAACCCAGGUUGGAUGGUGUGAGACAGGAUUAUUUAUUGAUGGAUUGUUAUCUUAUGGCUUGUGCGCCGUUCAGGAUCAAGUGAAAACCUGUGGAUUGAUUGGUGUGGGCGGCCCUAAUUAGAGGCACAGUUGGGUCUGCAGCAGGGUGGACUAGGCAGACAAUAUACAGACAUUCUGAUGCAUCUCUAAGAAGAGUUGGGAGUUAGAUAUGAAAAGUUUGCAUUGAUGACUUGGGGCAAGGCUGUAUUAAACUUUGAAAGGAAAAUUCCUUAUUCCAUGUUGACUUCAGUAAAUCAUAAUUAUGUUGAAAUUCAAAAAAGAUUUGCUGUUUUCCAAAAUCAUGAUUUUUCCAUAGUGUUGUUGGAAGAGAAUCAUGGAUAUCAAUACUUCACUAUUUCUGUUGUUUCACUCAUCACCUUUUGUUGUUUGGCCAUGAUGUUAUGAUAUAUCCCGACAAGGUUGUUAAAGCUGUGAUGAAGUUGGAUGAACAUUUUAUGGGCUCUGCGCUGGACAGAUAUCUCUCCUAUUUUCAUAUGAAGAUAUUUUUUUCUUGCAAAGAGCCCCUGAUUUGUAUCAGUCUUAAUUCACAAAUCAUUCAUACAGUGUCAAGGAAAUAAUUCAUUCAGUGUUCAUACAGUGUCAUGGAAAUAAUUCAUACAGUGUCAUGGAAAUAAUUCAUAAAGUGUAAAGGGAAAUAAUUCAUAAUACAGUGUCAAGGAAAUAAUUAAUAGUGUCAAAGAAAUAAUUCAUACAUUGGGAAGGAAAUAAUCCAAACAGUAUCAAGGAAAUAGUCCAAACAGUAUCAAGGAAAUAAUUCAUUCAAUAUCAGAAAAUAAUUCAUUGAGUGUCAAGGAAAUAAUUCAUACAUUGGCAAGGAAACCAUUCAUGAAUUGGCAGAAAAUCAUUUAUGCAGUGUCAAUGAAAUAAUUCAUACCGGUACACAGUUUAGGAAAUAAUUAAAACAAUUUCAUGGAAAGUUUUCAUACAGUGUCAAGGAAAUAAUUCAUACAGUGUCAAGGAAAAAUUUCAUACAACAUUGAGGCAAUGCGGUGGCUAUAUGGUAAUAGUGAUUACGCCACACUUAUACAUAAAUGAGCUUGAUAGAAGCGUACAUGCAGUCAGUUGGGUUAAAAUGUACUAGACAGGUACAUGUAUUAUAAACUAUUCACAAUAAAAGAGAGCAAAGAAUCUCUUGUUUUGAUGUCAGAGUAGAAAUGUGCUAUAAAACAUCCUAUGUGUUAAAAGGGAUUAUUAAAAAUUCCUAUUUUAACAGGGCAUUUAAGUUUUCACUCAGCUAAAGUUUGAGGAUAAAAAUUAUUUUUUGAAUGGUAGAAGUUUUAUUAUAAUGUGUAGCUCUUUGCAAGAGUUAGUUAUGUAAAUAAAUUGUUACCCCCCUUGUAUUUUGUGACAGAUGUCAGAAGCAUGUUACACAUCAGUCCCUGUCAGUUAUUGUAUUUAAGUGAGCUAGAGCUACUUUUAAAUGUAUUUAAGUUGGGGUUAUAAUGUUCUUUUGAAAGUGAUUCACUUUUAUUAAUAAAUGAGAAUUAAAUGUACAGAUGUGAGUUUGUGGUAACAAGUGUGUAUCUAGAUGUUGAAAGAUUAGCAUCAAACACAAUGUACAUGUAUCAUGUACUGGGUGGUCAUUGUUUCAUUGGCAUCGUUCAGUGGAGAAGUAUUUGUAAUGUAUGAAUUGUACAUGAUAUUGUACAGCGAAAUGAUUUCAUUGAAAUAUAGUCUGUUACUCUUUUA